UUCUGCCAUUAUAGCUAUUAUUACAUAAUCACGAAAUAAUGGGUAAUGGUCUUUCAACAAUGCAUCCACUACUAGAAGCUGCAGUGUAUGACUUUGCAAUACAGUGGAUUUUAUGGAUCUUUGCCUCAGCUUUUAAAACUGAAAAGUUUUACGACUUGGCUGGCUCGGGUACGUACGUAUUUCUAGCAUGGAGGACGCUCUUCUCAAGCAAAUCAUUCCAUCUUCGUCAAAUGAUUCAAACUGGCUGUGUCACAACAUGGGGUUUAAGACUUGGGUCUUAUUURUUCUCUCGCAUUCUUCAAGACGGCAGCGAUAARCGAUUUAACAGAGUUCGUGAUAAUCCGAAGGURUUCUUCAUCUACUGGACCAUGCAAGCGGUUUGGGUUUUCAUCACCCUGGCACCCACUCUAAUUCUAAACACCAAGCMACGAGAUGUCGAGUUAAGUUGGAAGGAUUACCUUGGAUGGGGAGUGUGGGCUUUAGGCUUCAGCCUUGAAGUGAAAGCUGAUCGACAAAAAAGCGUAUUCCGAAGUGAUCCGUCCAACAARGGAAAGUGGAUUUCAUCUGGACUGUGGAGUCUGUGUCGCCACCCCAACUAUCUUGGUGAAAUCAUUCUUUGGGCUGGACUUUGUUUGCCAGCUUCAAGUGUAAUGAAAGGYUGGGAGYUCUCAAGCUUAGUUUCYCCGUUCUUUGUUGCUCUUUUACUAACAAAACUUAGUGGUAUUCCAAUCCUUGACAGGCAAGCAUUGAAAAGAUGGGGAGAURUUGCGGCUUACCAGAAAUACAGACGUGAAACAGCAAAAUUAAUUCCAUACAUUUGGUGAUUUACUUACAGCUACUAGGACAAUAUAUAAAGRAACAUAUUACAACAUAUGGUUUUCUCGCAUAUGUAUCAUAUGUUUUAUAGGAUUCAUCCAAGAAUAGGUAAACAUUGACUUUUAAUUUACCAGUGCAUAUAAUUCAUAAUUGGUAAAAUAUUUUUCAGAUUAAAACCAAUCAAGUUAACAAUAUAAUGAUAAAAUGUAAAAUAUGAAAAUCAAUCAAAUUGUUGUAUUUUUUUGUACUGUAUUGUAUGUAGGGUAUGUACAAAUUUGAAAUAUGUACAAUCUUCAAUAUCUACUCAAAUGCCAUAAAGUACUGUAUGCAAUAUUUUCCAUGCAAAGAGAAACACAAAAGCAACGUAUUUUGGGUCUGGUAAAGAGGUUUUUUAUAUAUCAUGUAAAUGCUUUUUUUCUUAGUGUUUUGGAAAUUUUGCACUACAUUGUACUACAUGCACUAUAAAAUGCUUUUGAUUAAUAAAGAUUAUGAUCAAAGGG